GAUUACUUACCAUCUCUAAAACAAUUUUUAAUAAAUAUUAUUUGGCGGACUUUCGUAAACCAUGUCGAAUAAAGUGGAUAAACUACACAAACAGGCUCUACGGGAGCAACAGAAGCGCAUCAGGCCCGGAGAAUGCAUGAAAUAUGUGCGUUUGGUUAUAGAUGCCGGAUUUCUGGGCAUUCCCGUGGGUCAGGAGAUGGUGCAGCAACUGAAUUCCACGGAUUUGAAGUAUGAAAUCAAGAGCUUGCCGGUGAGCCACUGCAUCCUGUGGGAACGCAAUGUGGGCCAGCAGACGAUAGCCCUGGGCACCAGCCCCACUGGCCUGGAUGAAGCCUGGAAGCGGGAGAACCAAGUGGUCCAGUGGCUCUCCGAAUCCAGCUUCCAAAAGGCCGUUAAGGAUCAGAGUCUCGUUUGCCUGGGCCCCAGGUUAUAUGCCUCCUUUCCAGAUUGUCAGUAUACAAUAGCCUUACCAAAGUUGCGUCACAGCAAACACGGCAGUUCUGCAGGCCAAGAUGCUUUGAUAGAGAUGCAGUUGCUCCAGGAACUCCACAUAGAGCAGCUGAACAAACCCGAAAGCCAGGAGCUCUUGGCCCUUCUCCAACGCUAUACAAAAGCCAUAGCUGAAGCUCCCUAUAAAAAACAGCGUAACGAGACACUGGGUGGCUUUAAGAAGUACCUGGCCAACGACAAGAAGCAGUGCGUCAAAGUGGAUCAGGGCAAUGGCUAUGGCCGCCUCUGGCAACAACAUCUGAACCGCUUGCCCAUGGUCACGCUGGAGGUGGCCGAGUCGAUUAUAGCCCAGUAUCCCUGCCCCAAGAAACUCAUUGAUCACUUCGCCAGUGAUCCCGCGGCUGUGCAAACUCUCGCCGACAUGAAGAUCAAGCGAUGCAAUGGACCCCAACCUCUCCACACCGAAAGACGCAUCGGCAAUGUGCUCAGUAAUAAGCUGUAUACGUUGUAUAACUCUAAGGAUCCCAACACUCUGAUCUAGUCCUCUUAAUCACUAUCUUCUAGAUGAAAACAAAUCACUUCGUCGCUUUAGAAUCUGCUCAUAUAUAUUAGCUUUCUAAAUUAUGUACAAUUAGAAUUAAAUGUUAAAGUAAGAGCUAAA